ACAUGUUGGAGACGGCGUUGCAGAGGGAAAUGCAACUGCUAGAGGCUUCACUCCGAAAGUGCCUGCUCAUCCCGCAGUUAGAGCGCUGGGUGCUGGAUUAUAGCUGCAGACACCGGCUGGAGCAUCUGACACAAUUUUGUCUGGAGGGACAGGAUUUUGACAUCCCCGAUCAUGGAGCUUUGCCACUUCGUAUAACAUCUGCUGCAUUAUGGAACAGUGUGAAACGACACCAGACAGAGAAUUACGAGAGAAUCCUGGAAUUUGUGAAUAUCAUCUGGCAACAGGCUGCAGGCCUGGUUACUUACCGACAUUACCUCAAACUCUGCAUUGCUUUCAAAGCCAAGCUGCUGAUGGAGAUGUUUGUGAAGCGACGGAGUUUGUUGGAAAUUCUUCAGACUCUUGAGCAAUAUUUCCCCAGAGUAGUUGUAGAUGACCCCAAGGCGUCCAGGAGAGAUACUCACAAAGAGCGGCAGUGCCGGCUACAGUUCCGCAAACUGGUUCUAUUGCUGAUCCGGGAUGAGGAUUACCGGGAACAGUUCCUGCAGGAUAAGCUGGAAGAGGAGUAUGGCAGCCUGUUCAUGGCUUCGACUCAAAGAUUGCUCUGGGAGUUCCUGGAGAGGUUGGAGAGCAUCCUACCCCAGCCCAGGAUUGAUCAGCUGCUGGCUGCCAAAGUGAAUGUUGGAGGCCUUUCCCUGGCAGAGCAAAGCCUCCUGUCUGUCCUGGCCAAUCCCUACACGAGCGUUCCUGACGUUCUCCUCACACUGAUGCAGCGAAUCCGACAGCAGCGGAGUCAGGAUCUGAGCGAUCACAGUCGGAGUGAGACACAUUCUGGAAUUCCCACGAUCAGCUCCUCAAUAGAAACUCUCCUGAGUGGAGGCCACUCUACUGGAGCAGAGCAAAGAACCCCCGAGUCCCCAAAGAAUGGACGAGGGCCAGCCCAUGGCAAUGUGAAACAUCUGGCAGAGGGGAGAGAGGAGAUAACAGAGUCGUGGCUGGGAGUUCCACUCCCUGAAAUAGGACAUGAAGCUGAGGAAACUGUGAACCAAAAUAAAAUGAGCACAGGAGGUGGCACCGGGACUGGCCUGAAGCUGAAUGCCUUGAGAGAUGGGGGAUUGGCUGCAGCAGGCACAGGGAGGGAGGACCACGGGGAGAUCCAUUCCCAAUUGGCUCAAAGUCAAAAAUUGGCUUUCUUUGCUCUACAGUUUGACGAGUCAUGUGAUGAACAUUUUGAGGACUAUUUGAAGCUAAAUCUGUCUCCUCCUGACCCACUGCAAUCUCAGGUUAACCUGAGCAGCACCAGCCCAGUGACAGCCUGGACCUCUCUCCAAACCCAGGCCACUGAGUCCCAGUCUCAACCAGUCAAUCCCCCAGAAUUGGAGUCAAACAUUGAUCUUUUUGCCAGUAAAACCCACUCUGGUACAGUUUCAACUCUCCAAGCACAUCCUGGCUGCGUGUCUGAGUCAUAUUCACUGUCACCAAACCGGCCUCUGGGACACAGUAUCGACCUGAAGUUAUUGGCAGCAGCUCCUCUCUCUCUGGCGGUUCAAGAGACACUUGUGCAUUCUCCAUUGUUCCAGCCCAAGGUUUUCCUGCUGAGACUGACUGCUGAUCACGACACUCAACCAGCAGUGCCCGAGAGGUGGGGAUUAGAGAGAGAUGAUUCAGGUGGAAGUCGGGACUAUUUGCCUGUAGGUGAGGCAGACAACUGCUCAGAGCAGAAUCCACGCACCUUUCCAUGGAACUUACGUAAAAGAGCUCAACGGACUCCUGCUUAUCAGGCUUUUGAGGAACAGGUGAUGCUGCACAACAGCUCCGAAAGAAGCCUCCUCUUUUCCAGGGCUGUUGGGACCCCACUGCCUGGAGUGGAGGUGCGCAUUGCAAUGGAAAACUCUACAAGGAACCAAUCUUCCUACACUGUCAUUGCUGAGGGGAACAGUAGAGAGACUAAGAUGUGAGACUUGAGCCUUAUGGAAAGAGGAAAUCAACUUGCUAAAUAGCUUUGAAAUGUAGGUUUGGUGGAGAAUGGAAAGGAUCAGCUGGACAGAAAAAUUAACAAAUGAUGAAGUGCUGUGGAGAGAGAACAUAGAAAGACAUUUGCUGAAUGUAACUGGGAAAAGACAGAGAGGCUGGGUAGGAGACAUCGUUAAAAGGGAAAGGACUAAUAAGAGACAUUAUGGAGGGAAGAUUUCAAGGAAAAAAGAGGAAGAGGAGGAAAGAGACUAUCAAUGUUGGAUAGCAUGAAAAUUAAAGGAAGUUACUGGCAAAUGAAAAGACUGGCACAGGACAGAGAGACAUGGGAAGACGACUAUGAGCCAAGGACCAGGCUUUGGGCAGGCCACACAUGACGACGAUGUAUGAAACACUGACUCAGGCCCAGUGGAUCAUCAUGUCCAGUUCUGGGCGCCAUGCUUUAGAAAGGAUGUGAAGACAUUAGAGAGGGUGCAGAAAAGAUUCAUGAGAACGGUUCCAGGGAUGAGAGACUUAGUUACGUUGCUAGGUUGGAGAAGUAGUGACUGUUCUCUUUGGAGAAAAUUGAAAGAUUUGAUAAAGGCGUUCAAUUUCAUGAGGAGUCUAAAUAGAGUAAGUGGGGAGAAACUGUUCCCAUUGGUGGAAGAGUCAAGAACUGAGGGCACAAAUCUAAAGUGACUAGCAAAAGAGCCAGAGACAAUAUUAAAAAAAACCUUUUUGUGAGCGAAUGGUUAGGAUCUGGAUUGCAUUGCCUAAGAGGCAAAGGCAGGUUCAUUUGAGGUCUUCGAAAGGGAAUUGAGCUCUGGGGGAAGAGGGAGUAGCUAAGUUGCUCUUAGAGAGCUGGCAUGGACAUGAUGAGCUCAAUGGCCUCCCUCUGUGCUAUGAUUCUAUCAGCAUCAAUCACUCCCCAAACUUUACGCAGACUGUAUCCAGUAAUCAACUGUACCAUUUCCAUGCUCACAAGAGAUCUGAUGCACCCACACAAAAGUCCACCAGGCCAGUUAUAAUCCUACUGGAGCUCCUGACUCUGUAGCACAAUUGCAGCAGUGGCAGGUCAACAGAGUAUAAUUAACUCCCUGGCCCCUCUCCAAGUGCCCAGCCCCCAUGGAGCAGGAUCACUACCCCGUCUCACCCAUCUUACACAGUAACCAAGGUAGGAGUCAGCUGGUUAAAUAGAAAGGCAAUGUGCAUUACUUUGCUGUAAAGAUUUUAUGGGCAGGACAUCACCUGACAGCUACUGUCCAGUGAGAGUAAAUUGUCAGUAAUUGAGUAAUUGGGUACAGAUCAGGUUGAGCUUACCCUUUCCCAAUCCAGGGGCACUGAGGCCCAUCGUUGGGCUCUUAACACUGGCCAGGGAUCAAACUUGAGACCUUACUGGCCUUUGCAGCUAGGUGUCAUAGGAGGCCAUGUAUUUACUCAUUGUAAAAAGGACUGUUUCAAACUUUAAUUCUCAGAAACUCUAAGUGGCGAGUCACAAGAACUUGUGCAACUGCAGAAUACAGACAACCUGCAAGUGGCAUUCUUGAACCUGGUAGAAUUGCUGGAGUCACUCAAUAUAUUUUUCUUACUCAUUCGCAGGAUGUAGGCUUUGCUGGCUGGGUCAGCAUUUAUUGCCCAUCCCUAGCUGCCCUUGAGAAGGUGGUGGUGAGCUGCCUUCUUGAACCGCUG